GGAAAAACACUAAACGCACGCACACCCUGAUUGAAAUUAGUGUGUUGUGAAAAGAGUUUAGGUGAGAGCUUUGUUUCAGCUCAGUUUAGUUGAAGGUUAACUCUGAAAUGGAAUGAAAAUGGGGAGGAAGAAAGGACAAAGAACAAAGGAUGAUUUGAGGGAAAGAGCGGGAAUAGAAGGUGGUGAUGGAUAAACAGCCUGAAGCUUAUCAGAAGAAUCGAGGAGUCAGGAGCUGAACUUCCUCAGGAAGGAGGUGUGAGUGAUAACCAGCCAGCCAGGGACCAGGAGGAGCAGCUGGCUGUGGUUGAAGAGCGAGACGCAGCAGCAACAGAAGCAGCAACAGCAACAGCAACAGCAACAGCAGAUCCCGAAACCUCAACAGGGCCGAGUACAAAGGAGCAAGAGGAAACGGACGCUGAGAAAAGAGAGGAAAUGAAGGCAGAUCAGCAGGAGACGGAAGGAGGAGGAGGAGGAGGAGAGAGUGAUGGAGAGGAGGGGAAAGGAGUGAAAAGAAAGAGGGAGGAGGAGCACAAGGAGGAAGAGGCGGGGCAAAGCACUGAGAAGAAAAAGCUGGAUGAUGAAGCCAUGGCCUCCAUGUUGGCUGACUUUGUCGCCUGUCCGCCUGAUGAUGAAGACGGUGCCUCUGGAUCAAACCGCUCAUGAAUUUUUGCCAACCUGGACUGAUUCGAUAGAAGUUACCACGGAAACAGCAGACACUGCUAGGACACAGAAUCAUUAGACAUUUCCAAGGUUUAGUUAUCUCAUCCAACAACUCCCUUAAUAUCACACCUUCCAGCUCUUCAGUGUUCACAUCAACAGGUAGAAUGUGGCCGCCAGUCUUCUUUCUUCGAACAGUAUUGCCAACUUCAAAGCUACACUGUUUGGGGUGUGGGAAUGUUAACUGUCACUCCUCGGCUUGUUACUUUCAAGAACUAGACGCAUUACAUUGUCUCCGGUCCAGCAGGGAGGUGAAAUGUAUCAUUCAGAACUCUAGCCAUGGUCCUCACACACAGUACAUAGUAUCCUACAGUUAGUGCUCAAAGUGCUUUUCUUGGAUUUAUAUAUGUAUCUUUUAUGUUUUGUCAUCACUGUCAUAUGCUUUGUUAUAAAAAACGUUUAAAAAAAAAUGAAAUUGGAUGGUGACAUUAUGCAA